UUUUAUAAUUUUUUUUUUUGUAAUUUUUAUACUUUUUUGUUUUUCCAUCGUCGCCGGGUGCUUUUGGGUUCUCCGUCAUCCGCGUGGUUUUCUUUUUACCAGCGCAGCCUAACAUUGCCUUUGUGUCCUACAUUCGCGGCCGACAGAGUUUGAAUCCGAGCCAAGUCUGAUCAGGAUUGAGUUUUUGGGUCGCAGAGCGCGGAGAAUUUUCCAUCGAGAAGUGAAGAGUGCAGGCAGGAGAAGGGAGUAGAAUCGAGUGGGGACGAUGGAGGUAUCGAAUCGGGCCAUAGCCCAUUUUGCAAUCGUGCUCGUAGCGCGCGCUCCCUGCUCCCACGAGUGGUGCCGGUAGGGCGGUUGCGUCAGGUGUGGUAAGGUGGAAGAGUCGUCCGCUCUGUGGUGGGUUGUGUGAAAAUGAGCAGUUCCGGUAAAUUUCAUGCAGUACAAACUGGAAAAGCCAAUUUUAUGUGACACUUGUACAAGAGGAAGGGCCCGAGGUGCGCUAGUUCCUUUUCCUCUGUGGCCCCUAUUCUGCUUUGGUAGGUAGUUUUCUCAGGAGGACGCUUAUAUGGCCUUGGGGCGACUUAGAAGCCACCAUUAGCUGCUAUAACUCUUGCUCAGUCGUGAGUGAAUGUGCUCGCUUACUGCUUUCCCAAUCUCCGUUUCCCCUUGUGUGUGUGUGUGAGAGAGAGAGAGAGAGAGAGAGAGAGAGAGAGAUCCGAAUACCAUCUUGUUGUUGUGUCGUCGCCCUGUGUCGAGACGAUUGUUUGGUUGUGACCCAGUUCAAGGAAACCGGAUGCAUUACAGACAGAAACUUGAGCAUAUGUAUUUUCAGUCACCCACAACAGAUCUGAAUGAACACAUGAGAUCUUUGUCUCUCUUCUCUAGCAGAGCGUUGUCUAACUUCUUGGAAUCUUUCGUUUGCUGUUGUCUGUGCUCCAAUCACAGUUGCCAUCAAAGACGAGCUGGUGCGUAAGUUGUUGGGUAGGCACACUGGUGCCAUCUUUUUGGUUCCGCCUCUUUGGAGUAGACUCUAUUUUACCGUCCGAUUCUUGCUGUGAACUAAAAGAAGUAGAACUGAAAGAACAAUUGUGCCUGCAAAAAAAAUUCCGUUAUACGGCAUUUGCUGAAGGUUGUUCACUUAAGCAGCAAUUCUCUAGUGCGACUAUGGCUCCAUCCAAGAAGCUUGCCAAGUUCCUGAAAAAGGUGCUUCACAUCUCCCCACAGAUUCACAAGCAAUCCAUGUCCCGGCACUCCAGUGCUACCUCAAACACAUUUGAUUCUUCUUCUCUCGGUAUCAACUCAGGGCGCUCAUGGGGCAGCAUGGCAGAUAUCCACAGCUAUGACAGCGAUGUGGAAUUCUCAAAUCCUCCACCUGACGUACCCGCUGGUUGCCUUGCUGUAUACGUUGGAAAGGAGCGGAGGAGGUUUGUUAUCCCAACAUCGUAUCUCUCGAAUAGCGUCUUUCGAGCGCUGCUGGCGAGGUCUGAAGAAGAGUUCGGGUUCUGUUGCGAAGGAGGAUUGCGCAUCGCUUGCACUCCUGACGUUUUCGAACACUUGCUGUGGUUUCUGGAGGGUGCUACUGCAGAGUUUGUGGAAGAAACUAACAUCAUGGGGCAGGAUCGCUCUAGAUAGAUGCAGUUCGGUCUACAUAUCAUUGGGUUACGAGACUUUCUUCCCAGCAGCAUGCUGCGGAGUGCUACACGCCGAUCGGUAUCUUUAGUGGAGUUGAAGCGUCUCCUGCCUUUUUUGUAUGCACUGUGAAGAGAUCUUUAGGAUGUCUUCUCCCAGGGACUCAGCACGGGAGAAACAAAAAAACAAAGCAAAAGGGCUCCUCUUACAUGGCGUAUGUGCACCACAAUCAGAAAUUACAAGGAAAAUCGGACAUCGUAGUAUGAAAGUUUUGAAGGCGUGUUUCUUCCAGAGGGUUUGCUGAUUACUCAGCAACUUUACUUCUAGCAACCAGUUGAAGCCCGCGUUUCAGGCCUUCAAUCUAAAGCCGCAGUCCACGACAAUGGAACUUUUAGCACUAGGGAGGAAUUUUACCAAUCCUCGUUCAGACCGUGUUUUUUUUUGUGCUCCUUCGAGCGUGGACUUAGGCUACACCUGUUGUACACUACAACGAAUUCAGAAAUCCUGCAUCUGAGUUUGAAGUAGUACCGAUGGAUUUCUGCCGAGUAGCAAGCACAUCGGUGCCUUGAUUUAAUUUUGUCUUCAAACAGGGGUUAUUGGAGCUGCCAAACCUUGCAGAGACGCGCCUUUUAUUUUUUCUAAGAGUAUGUUUUUCUACAAAGAAGUGACUGCUUCGUAGCUAAACAGGAUGUAACACUAGUUCCAAGAGUGUUAAAUUUGAUGGACAUGGUUGUGAGUCUUUCAUUGCCGUGCUUCAUAGUUUUGAGGGUUAAUGGGAUACUUGGGUUUACGAUUAAGAUACGUAGCUAGCUAGCUGCCAUGAGGAUUCUAUCCUAUCUUUACUGUACAGAGGAAUCCCUUCUUUGGGGUUGCAAAUUUUUAUAAAGUCACCGCAUGAUGGAUUCUCAAUCAAGGGGCAUGCCUUGUUGCA